GCUCAAAAAAGUCUCUCUCCCGUCAAAGCACUGUGGGGGAAGAAAAAAGGGGGAAUUUUUAGAGAGAGAAACUAGAGAGAGAGAGAGGGAAAGAAGAGGGAGUUCGUUUUUGGGUGGGAGAAAGAAGAUGAAGGCAUGGAAAAGGAAAAUUUUUCAUCCGGAAUCUUCCUCACAGGUCUCCCAGGACGGCCGCGGCGGCGCCGGUUUCUCCGGGUCGCCUUUGGGUGUUACGGCGGAGAGCGACGGGACUGAUGCGGCGGCGGCGGAGGAGGAGGUCGUUGACGGGGAGCAGCAGGAGGAAGAAGAAGAAUUCGAUGAGUUAUCGAUCCGAGGGGAAGCGUACGAUGAGCGAAACGGAAGACCUAAGCUAGCAGAAGGGUUUUACGAGAUUGAAGCUGUACGGAAGAAGAGAGUCCGAAAGGGCAAAGUUCAGUACUUGAUCAAAUGGCGAGGCUGGCCUGAGACUGCAAACACAUGGGAGCCCGUGGAGAAUUUGUCUUCCUGCUCCGAUUUCAUCGAGGCUUUUGAAGAAAGUUCGCGGUCAAGAUCCACCCGCGGGCGCAAGCGCAAGCAUAAAGUCACCCCGACCCAACCGAAGAAAAAACCGAAACAGCAGCAGCGUACCCCUAGAGUAGCAGAGUGCAGUUCGCAGCCUGUGGUGGUCAGGCUAGUUGAUGAGCCUUUGCCCCUGGCAUCAUCGCGCGAUGAUGUCAUGGAUCAUCAGGCGAACAAUGAAGCUGAGCUGGCAGUGCACGAGGAUGGCGAGGCAGCGGAUUCGUCUGUUCAUGUGAAAACGAGCGAAGAAAAUGACUUGGAUGUAAAGCUCAGUGAACUGAGGGAGAUUCCUUUAGCCAGUGGCGCUCUUGUAAAUAAUAACAAAACUCAGGAUCAAUCGGGUCGGUCCAUCGGAGCUAAGAGGAGGAAGUCGGGGUCUGUCAAGAGAUUCAAGAAAGAGUCUCCCUCCAAUACGUGUGAUGGCGCGGCAGAUGAUACAACCAGGGAACCAAGUGGCAAUGUUAAUGCAGUUCUUGCACCAGAAGGAAUUGAGAACCCAUGGGUGAAAAACGACUGGGCUUACAAGAAUUUUGAAGAUGUAUAUAAUGUUACGCAGAUUGUCAAACCAGUUGGCUAUCAAGCCUUUGUAUCCAAUGGAGUCCAAGAAGUUUCAAUCACCUUUUUGGCCAAGAGGUCUGAUGGGAAAGAGAUAACAGUGGACAGCAAAUUUCUAAAGGCAAACAAUCCACUUCUGCUGAUAAACUUCUACGAGCAACAUCUGCGGUACAAUCCCUCUGAGUGAGUUGAGAUGGAGAGCAUGUGGUGUUGGUGAUACGGCAUGAUUUCCUCUUUUUGCCAAUGUAUAGUAGUGUGUAGUAGUAGUAGACUUUAGUUUUUAGUAACACUUACUUGUGGGGUAGUAGUAAAUAAUAGUUUAGGCUGAAUUGCAUGAGAUAAUCCCACACCUCAUAAUUUGACGCUGCUAUUUUGUAGGAUGCUUCGGCUUCAGCAACUAU